AUGCUAGAUGCGAUGUUUUUCAAUGAGUCGGUAAAUCUGCCCCAAAAAUUGCCGGUAAACACGUGUGAGUACAAGCCGUGUAUGAAUGGUGGGGAGUGUGUCCGCAAUGAGCGCAAUGACAGCCUUUGCCGGUGCACUGAAUUCUGGACCGGAAUAUUCUGUCACUUGACUCUAUGCAACCGUAAGCCGUGCGGUAAUCACGGCAUCUGCGAGCUUAACACCGACUCAUCCGACCGAUAUGUAUGCCAUUGCGACUCAGAGUACGACAAAAAACAUAAAAUGCAGAUUAUUUUUUAA